CCCACCACCACCUGGGCGGCGGCCCUGUCCUCGCUACCCGUCAGCGGACAAAACCUGUUUUCUCUUGCUCCUCAGCUCCCACGAACCUUCCCUCUGCGCUCUUUCCACACCAUCACACCACACUCUCUCUCUCUCUCUCUCUCUCUCUCUCUCGCUGAAAGAGGAGCCAUGGGGUUUCCUUCUUUUAUCCUCUACAUAAGUUGCAGGCCAUUCCAUGCUUGAUGCCCUAGGAGAAGGAGGACUCUUCUUCAUCUGCUGAGCUCCUUGUCUAGCUACCACUAUGGGUCUUGAAAUCUUGGGUCAAGGGGAGGGGGACUUGGAGAAGGGACUAGGCUCAACUGCUGAAACCCCAAGGUCCCCACUAGGCUCAAUCGCUACAACCCCAAGGUUCCCACUAGGCUCAACCGCUGAAACCCCGAGGUCCCCAACUGUAACAACACCAUCAACUCCAUCAGCUCCAUCCUUGGUAUUAUCAAAUUCAGGUAAAAGAAUGGAUCAAGCCUGUAAGAAGAAAUACGUGAAACAAGUUACAGGAAAGCACCACGACACUGACCUUCACUUGGCUGCACAAAGGGGCGACCUCGCAGCUGUUAAGCAAAUCCUUGGGGAUAUUGAUGCACAAGUGAUCAAUGUGAACAAUGGUUGUUCAGGUAUCGAUCAGCAAAUGGCUGAGAUACGCUCAGCCAUUGUCAAUGAAGUUAAUGAAUUGGGGGAAACUGCUUUUCAUGUUGCUGCAGAAAGAGGGCACUUGGAUGUGUUGAACGAACUUUUGAAUUAUGCCACUUCAGAGAGCUUAUCUACAAAGAACCGUGCCGGCUUCAAUGCCUUGCACUUAGCAGCGAGACAGGGCCACCAAGCCAUUGUUCAGGUACUUCUAAACCAUGAACCUGGACUGAGCAAAACAGUUGACCCAUCAAAGGCUACUCCUCUUAUAUCUGCAGCAGCAAGGGGCCAUGCUGCAGUCGUGAAUGAAUUGCUAGCACAGGAUUCUAGUUUGUUGGAGAUCUCCAGAGCCAAUGGGAAAAAUGCACUUCAUUUAGCUGCACGUCAGGGUCAUGUAGACAUUGUGAAAGCACUACUUGACAAGGAUCCACAGUUGGCUCGGAGAACUGAUAAAAAGGGACAAACUGCAUUGCACAUGGCUGUCAAAGGGGUUAGCUGCGAGGUGGUCAAGUUGCUUCUUGAUGCAGAUGCAGCUAUAGUUAUGCUCCCUGACAGGGCAGGCAACACAGCUUUACAUAUAGCCACAAGGAAAAAGCGAGCAGAGAUUGUGAAUGAGUUGCUCCUACUCCCCGACACCAAUGUCAAUGCUCUGAACAGAGCCCACAAGACCGCAUUCGAUAUUGCUGAAGAGCUUCCCCUAUCGGAAGAAGCCUCUGAGAUAAAGGAGUGCCUCUCCCGCUACUGCGCCCUGAGGGCCAACGAGCUCAAUCAGCCCCGUGAUGAGCUACGCAAGACAGUGACGGAGAUAAAAAAAGAUGUCCACACCCAGCUUGAGCAGACUCGCAAGACCAACAAGAAUGUGCAUGGCAUUGCCAAGGAGCUCCGUAAGCUCCACAGAGAGGGCAUCAACAACGCCACCAACUCUGUCACUGUUGUUGCAGUCCUCUUUGCAACUGUGGCCUUCGCUGCCAUCUUCACUGUCCCCGGUGGCAAUGAUAACAACGGUGUUGCAGUGGCGGUUAAGGACCGGUCAUUCAAGAUCUUCUUCAUCUUCAACGCGGUCGCCCUAUUCACUUCACUUGCAGUGGUGGUUGUGCAAAUCACUUUGGUGAGGGGGGAAACCAAGUCAGAGAGGCGUGUGGUUGAAAUCAUCAACAAACUCAUGUGGCUCGCAUCAGUGUGCACAUCAGUGGCAUUCAUUGCGUCUGCUUACAUUGUUGUCGGGAGGCACUUUCAAUGGGCAGCGGUGCUCGUGACGUGCAUUGGAGGGAUCAUAAUGGCGGGGGUGUUGGGCACCAUGACAUACUAUGUAGUGAAGUCAAAGAGGAGCAGGUCGAUCAGGAAGAAGGAGAAGUCGUCGAGGAGGAGUGGGUCAAACUCUUGGAACCAUCACUCUGAGUUCUCAGACUCAGAGGUGAAUCCCAUCUAUGCACUUUGAACAUGUGGGUUUUGUGUUUGUGUAAAAUUUGGGUUCUUGGAUCGUGGUUCAGACUGUUCGGUGAUGGAUUUAUCCAAGAAUGCUCCAAUUUGUCGUUGUAAAUGUGCCCCGGUAAUUACUUCCUGUAUUUAAGUGCACGAGAGAUGCAACCCCAUGCCCAUAAUGUCGUUCUUCUGUAA